AUGUCGUCCUACGGUUGCUUCUAUCGCCUUCUUAGAGAAAACGAUCGCCCUGCGAAGAGCUACCUCCCUCAGGUGAGGCUCGAUAUCCAUGCCCAUGUACUCUCUAGCAACACUCGAACGACCAUCACCCAGACCUAUAUAAAUCCAUCCAACACCGAAUCCAUCCCAGAGCUUUUUUAUUCUUUCCCCCUCUAUGAUGGCGCCAGCAUCGUUGGGUUCACCUGUCGCGUUGGCAACGAAGUGAUCCGUGGACAAGUCAAACCGAAAAAGAAGGCCGAGGAGGUCUAUCAGGAAGCCAAGUCAAAGGGACAAACCGCUGCAAUUUUCGAUCAAUCCUACGAUACAGCCGAUGUCUUCAAAACUCGCCUAGGAAAUGUUCCUGCUGGAGGGAAGGUUCACAUCGACAUCAUCCUAGUUCAGGAAUCCAAGCAAGAUGUCCAGACAGAUGGAAUUCGAUACACAGUACCGAUCGCGAUCGCCCCACGAUACGGUACUCAGAAUGACGAUCAGGCCCCUAGCGCGCCCGAAGGUAUUGCUGUCAAGACGGCGAUUAAAGUUGAUCUGGUUAUGGAAAAGGACUCUGAUAUCCGCAAUAUUCGGUCGCCAACUCAUCCUAUCGAGGUUACUAUCGGUCGGACCUCGACCAUGCCAGAAACUACUUCCAAAGCGUGCUAUGCAUCUGUCAAACUCCGGGAGAAUGUGAUAAUCCAGGAGGAUUUUGUCGUGACGGUAGGGUCAAGCAAGAAAGAUCUUCCCUUUGCUUUCCUGGAGACACACCCUGUGCUGCCAAACCAGCGAGCCCUGAUGGUUUCUCUGAUUCCGAAAUUUGGCUUGCCCCAGAGUGCUUCUGAGAUUAUCUUUGUGAUUGAUCGCAGUGGCAGUAUGGAGGACAAAAUUCCAACCCUCCGAUUGGCGCUCGAAGUGUUCCUCAAGUCCCUCCCAAUUGGUAUCCAUUUCAAUAUCGUGUCAUUUGGGUGCAGGAGCAAAUCUCUGUGGCCGCGUAGUAAAAUUUGUGAUCGAGAAAACUUGGAGGAAGCUCUGAAGUACACAAAGAAAAUCAAAGCUGAUAUGGACAAAGUCCCCGAAGUCCUCCUCCUAACAGACGGGGAAGUGUGGGACCAGAACGCUGUUUUUGAAUUCGUGGGCAAGGCCGUGAAGGAAAGUUCGGCACGGUUUUUCACUUUGGGUAUUGGAAAUGCUGUCUCCCAUUCACUCAUCGGCGGAAUUUCUCGAGCAGGCAUGGGGUUCUCUCAGUCGGUCCAGAACUAUGAAGAGCUAAACAAAACGGUUGUGCGAAUGCUAAAAGGUGCAUUGAUGGCGCGCUUGACCGAUGCCACCUUGGACAUUAACUUGCCAGAUCUCGAAGGCGAAGACUUCAUGGUGGUUGAGCCGAUUGAGGAAGACCUCAAGGACGGUCAGGCAGAAGGAACUAACAAGCCGAUCAAAUUAUUUGACGACAAGUACGAAGAAUCUGACAAGGUUGAAAAUGUGCACCAACCUCUUCCAAAAGUCACUGCUCCGAGUAUCAUUCAAGCACCUGUUGAGCUACCCCCGCUUUUCCCAUUCAUUCGAUCCACGGUCUAUAUUCUCUUCUCUGGCGACGUCUCUUCCUUUCCGGAGACAAUCAAACUCCGUGCGAGAAGCGACCAUGGUCCUCUGGAACUAGACAUUCCGGUCCAAGACAUCGGACUCGGCGAAACCAUUCACCAGCUGGCAGCCAAAAGGGCGAUGAGCGAACUGGAGGAAGGACAUGGUUGGAUUCACACUACCAAGGAUGUUCACGGGGAUCUAAUCACAAGCAAGUGGGAAAGUCAGAUUGAGGAGCUGGUUCAAAAUGAAUGCGAGAGACUUGGGGUGCGCUUCCAAAUUGCUGGAAAGCACUGCUCCUUUGUCGCAGUCCAGGACUCCCAUCAGUCCGAGGACAAAGGUGCAGCUCGGGUCUCUUCCGGGGCCAUGGCAGGCGAUGAGGAUGCAGAACUCGUUGACUGUCUUGAAAUUUCGGACUUCGACAUGUGCGAUGCAGGACAGCCUCUUGCUGCCAGCGCUUCGCUUGCCGUUUGCCUUUCGUCACCCGCUUAUUGCCCCGAAGGUGAAUCAGACGAAGACAUGGGAUUCGGUCUUUUUGGUGGAUCAAGUGAAGAUGAGAUGGCAGAAGAGGAGGAUUCAGUACCACGACCAGCAAAAAAGAAAAAGAAAAUGCGUCGCAAGGCGGUUGGUCAAUUCUUCGAAGAAGAGGCGGGGAUUGAUGAGGAUGAGGAAGAAAUAUUGAAUUCACAUCCCAAGGAUGAUUCCUCUGGACUGCAUGCGCUUAUAUCUAUGCAAACAUUUGAUGGUUACUGGGAUUGGAACAAUCAGCUUCUUCAGGCACUUGGUCUCGAAGCAGAAAGCGCUAAAGCUAAACUGCAGACACGCUACAAGGAUUUGGCUGGGAACAAUUCUGAUAUUUGGGGCCUGCCUGUCUGGAAGGAGGUUCUUGCUACUUGUCUUGUGGGCCACUUUCUGCAAACGCAGCUUUCGGACUCGAAGGAUGUAUGGGAGUUGCUCAAAGAGAAGGCGGAUACUUGGGUACAGAAAUCUUUAAACGACCUGAAUGAGACGGACCGAAAAACUUUGAGGGAAUUGAUCGACGAAGUAGGGAUCUACUUUUAA